UCAUAACAAACUUUUGAAUGCGGUUUUUUGCAUCGUUCGUUUUGCAGAAAAAUUCAGCAUUCCGGACGUUCGUUUUCGGUUUUUGGAAGUUCCGCAAAAUAAAACCAAAAUUUAUCAGUUUUUAUUAAAUUUUUCCAUGCAAUUUGCAACGAAGUGAAUGAAAACCAGUUCACACAAACAGCGAAAUGUAUCCUCAAAGUUCGCAGCGAAAGUAUUGGACGUUCAAAAGUGAACAGGAACUGGCGGAACUUCGGAUGAAACAGAACUACAACUUUAUCGCCCGCCAUGGUAGCGGAAUGUCCGGUGAGCAAAAAGCCGCGUUUUUCCUAUCGGCGGACGAGGAGCGGCUUCUGCUCAAACAGUACGAACUGCAGCUGAAAGAAUUCUGCAAACGGUUCGAGCCCCCCAUGCCAAAAUACGUCGUCGGAACGGCUUUCCACUAUUUCAAACGGUUCUACCUGAACAAUUCCUCGAUGGACUAUCACCCCAAAGAAAUUCUAGCGACGUGCGUUUAUCUGUCCUGCAAAGUGGAGGAAUUCAACGUUUCCAUCGGGCAGUUUGUGGCCAACAUCAAGGGGGACCGUAACAAAGCGAUGGACAUCAUCCUGUCGAAUGAGUUGCUGUUGAUGCAGGAGCUAAACUAUUACCUCACCGUUCACAAUCCGUUCCGACCGAUCGAAGGUUUCCUGAUUGAUAUUAAGACCCGUUGCAAUAUGAACAACCCCGACAGGCUUCGACCAGGCAUAGAAGACUUCAUAGAUAAGACAUUCCUCACCGAUGCGCCCUUGAUGUAUGCCCCAUCUCAGAUCGCUUUGGCAGCGGUUCUCCACGCAGCCAGCAAAGAACAGGAAAACCUCGAUAGCUACGUAACCGAAUCGCUCUUCGGAGUAGCGAAAGAUAAGCUGCCAGUGCUAAUAGAAGCCGUUCGAAGGGUCCGGUCGAUGGUCCGUACCAUUGAGCUGCCACCAAAGGAUAGGGUACGGGCGCUCGAGAAGAAGCUGGAAAAAUGCCGGAAUCAGGAGAACAAUCCCGACAGUCAAAUCUAUAAGCAAAGGAUGAAGAAAAUGUACGAAGAUGAGGACGACGCCGAGCUGAUGAGUACCUCGUACCACAUGAAUGCUACCGAUACCAGUUUAGAGGUUUCCCAGCUAAACAGUAGCAAUCCAGUGAAUAUGUCGAUAGAAUGAGUGGGCAGAGCGAAGGACAAAUGCAGUAGCUAUUACAACUUUGCAUUUUAUCCAAUUGUACGUUAAAAUUGUAUCUAGGAUAUCUUAGUUCGCGUAGCGCCAUCUGUUUCCGUACAAUGUGUUGUAAUUAUGACAGUUAUUAUUAAUAAAGUUCUUCUAAUAAAAAUUU